CUGCCUCUCUUGGUCUUGACUGCCUCUCUAGAUCUUCUAUAGAUCUAUAUUCCAAUGGAAAAUGCAUGUUUGUGUUGCACUGUCUGCAUUGAAGAACUCUCAUCAACUGGAAAUGUUGUGAGGAAAGUGCAACACAGAAACCUUACGCUGACAAUUGGAAGAGAUGAAUUCAAAGAAAUGCAACUCAAGAUAACUUUUCCGAAGAAGGAGUCUAAGUACUUAGUGAAGGAACUUCUUAUCCACAAGAAAUUUGUUAAGGAUGGGAAAGCGACAGUUAAACUUCCAGACCACAAAGUGCAAUUGAUGCUGUCAAAUUGCCCUCCUGACAAAUUGAUGAUGUUUCUCAAGACCCUCCAGACCAAAUUGGAUUGUCUUAAAGAUAAAGGCUUCUUGUCUCAAAGGCAAAAACUGUUUUCAGGAAAGCAUCGUGAAUUUGAAGAGAUCUCGCCCUUGACACUGAAAGAUUUGCAAACUGCUCAUAAUGCAAAGGUGAAAGCUACUCAAAAGUCAAAGCUGGCCAUGCCAUCAAAACCAUCAUCAUCCUCAUCCUCAUUGUCCACUGCCAGCAUUGCUGGUAAGAAAAGGACUAGCGAUCAAGGUGGACAUCUGUCAUCUCUGAGCCAGAAGGAAAAUGGUGAUAAACGUCAGAAGGUUAGCCCUGGGGUGCCGAAGUUUAUGACAAUGUCCAAAAUCAAUGGAAUCAGCCCGUCCAAAGUGCUAGCCAAGUCAGUGAUGCUCACUCCUGAACAAAACCAAGUUCUGGAAAUGGUGAAGAAGGGCAGGAGUAUAUUUUUCACCGGUAGUGCAGGAACAGGAAAGUCCUUCUUACUCAAGAGGAUCAUCGGUGCUCUUCCGCCCAAUCAUACUUUUGCAACUGCGAGUACUGGCGUUGCAGCUUGCCAUAUAGGAGGGACUACAUUACAUUCGUUUGCAGGCAUCGGGUCUGGCAAAGCUCCCCUCCAGCAGUGCAUAGAGCUGGCCUCCAGGCAACGAGUGGCUCAGCAGUGGAGAGCUUGCAAACAUCUCAUCAUUGAUGAGGUCUCCAUGGUGGAUGGUGAACUUUUUGACAAGCUGGAAAAUGUUGCAAGAGUGAUUCGUAAGUCUGACCAGCCGUUUGGUGGCAUUCAGCUCAUUCUGUGCGGAGACUUUCUACAGCUUCCUCCCGUCACCAGGCCUGGGGAAAUCAGGAGAUUUUGUUUCCAGUCAGAAGCAUGGCAGAAAUGUUUAGAGACAACCAUGCAACUGACAGAUGUGAAACGACAAGCAGACAAGUCCUUCAUCAACAUACUGCAAUAUGUUCGUAAGGGAAUGUGUCCAGAUUUUGUUUCGGAUACUCUGCAGGCGACCAAGCACCACAUCAUAGAGAAGGAUGGAGUCGUAGCCACAAGAUUGUGCACUCACAAGGUGGAUGUGGAGGAAAUAAAUGUGUCCAGUCUUAAGGAGCUGCAAGGAGAAAGUCGUAAAUUUGCAGCCACAGACUCAGAAGAAGGCUAUGCGCUGCACCUAAAUACUUUGUGCCCAGUUCCAGCUAGUCUGGAGUUAAAAAUUGGAGCCCAGGUAAUGCUGUGCAAGAACCUGGAUGUUCAACGGGGUCUGGUCAAUGGAGCACGAGGGGUUGUCACUUCCUACGAUACCAAGAAUCAUGGUCAUCCGGUUGUGAAAUUUGUGUGUGGUGUGACGGAGAUCAUCAAGCCAAGCAGAUGGGUAUUCAGGCUGAGCGGAGGGAACACUGUGGUGCGGAGACAGGUCCCACUCAAACUUGCCUGGGCUAUCUCUAUACACAAAAGCCAGGGUAUGACCCUGGACUGUGUGGAGAUGUCUUUGAGUCGUGUGUUUGAGACGGGCCAGGCUUACGUAGCACUGUCCAGAGCCAAAAGUUUGGAGGGCCUGAGGGUCUUGGACUUUAGCAACUCUUGCGUGCGGGCUGAUCCUCGGGUGCUCUCUUUCUACAAUCGCCUGGACCUGCGUCACCGCAUGAUGCACAACGGUAUUGAGGAUGAAAAUGAGAUUUUCCGCCCCAACCCAAGUGCAAUGGCUAAAAGAUAACAUUAUGAUGGACAACUAGAACUUGGGGUCCCUUAGCUCUUAGUACACGGUAGACUAUUCCUCCUUUGUACGCAGCCAAUUUUGUCAUUCAAGAUGUCAACACCGCAAAAUUCGUAAUAACUCUGGCACUACUUAGCCUAUUAGCAUAAAAUAACACUAAACUAAGUUGAAGUGAAUGAUCCAAGUCAAAGCCGCACAGAACAGACAAGCCUGGCUUCGCAUCAGAGGAUCACUGAGCCUGGCUUCGCGUCAGAGGAUCACUGAGCCCUCUUCGCUCGCUGACUCGCCAAGCUCUGCGCAUCAGUUCUUGUGUAAGGCACAGUAGGGAAACCAUGCCGUGAACCCGGGUGACAAUAUUGCCAGUAACAAACAUACAAUAAUUUAAAUGAAAAAAUCUACUGGUACAGCUACAUGUAUUUUAUUAUUAGCAUCCGAUUCGAUUUAUUAAUAUUCUACUAAAAUAUUGGUCUAAGUUAAGAUUGUCGGUCUGAAGCCGGUAAUUCUAGUUCUAGCUCUCAAUAUGUAGUAUUUAACUCAUGUAAGAGUUGACCUCUACUCUCAAGUCUUAGCUUUUUAUCAAUAUUUUUGUAAUUUCAACUCACUUCAUUUACAAUACAUUUGAUAGCAGACUGCGAUGUCAAUCAGGAAAAUGCUGCAAAGUCAGUGAAAAUGUUCACUAGACGAUUCCUGCAGUAUGUCUCCGGUGUUUUCCUAACGAAGCUGUAAGUCAGGGCCAUACAGUAUAAAAAACUCUUCAGAUAAACCUACUAAGCCUCCUCUGUUCAGGGAUUCAAAAUAACCCAGGUGGAACAGCAAGGGCAGUCUUUCCGUGCUUUCUUGCCACACAUCCAGCGUCAUGAUAGAUUGCUUGGACUUCAUUCCCCCCAGACAGAUUCUUCAGAGCACCAGUCUCUUGCAAAAUGUUGAGUGACUUUGUUUCAGCUUUUGAGAGGCCUUUGGAACAGUCACUGCAUUCAUGCUGGUCAUUCUGGUCUUCGACAAUCAUGUUGUUUACCAGAAGAAAUUUGGAGCGAUCCAAUUCAUGAGUGCUGAAGACAUUCUUAGUUGUUACAUAGUAGUUGCUCUCUGCUGCCAUGGGAAGUGUCCAAAAUAGUUUUAUAGGUCAUCCUGCUGGUAGAAUCCCAAGAGAACAAAGUUGUGUCUGUGUGGCAGGUCAGUCUCCAGAAGGUAUGGGCUCAGAGAAGUCAGGCUGUUGCUUGUCCAAGCCAGGGCAUCUGCAGUGUCCUUGGUCAGUCUCUUCACUCUGUGUGGGAGAGAAGCUUUCAUUGCUUGAGCAGUCAUUGACCAAUCAUGGAGCAGCUGGAGUGCUCCAUCUCCCUGUUGAGAGCAGUCAACAGCUAUGUGGCCUUUGUCGCGCUGACGUAUGGUCUCUCUUGGGGACUUGCUGUUCAGUAGCUUCCAUAACUGCACCACUGCUUCGAUGAAAACUGCUGUAUCCAACACUUGUGCAGAGAAGGUUGAUAUUGAGGUGUUCUUCAAGGCCUUUGCCGUUUGGUAAUUGGAGACUUUGAUUGCCAGUUUCACCAUCUGUUUCUGGAUGUUGGUUGGGGACAGGGUCUCUUGCGUCAACUUGGACAACUUGAACAGGGUGACAUCUUCAUGCUUCUAAGAAAAAAGAUCCGUCCUCUUUGCAACAACGUAUAAAUGCAGGCUUUCUUGAUUCUCUUCCCACUCCACUGGAAACUUCAGUUGUUGUGUAGAAUCUGUCUGCCAGUUGUUUUUUAGGUUUUUCAUAAUGUGGACAGGUUCGUACAUCAGAAACAUCGGUCCAGGUGGAUCUGCCUGGGACUAGACAAUCCAAGGUCUGUCAGGGCCGUCGAAUGACUGGAACUUUGAGGAGUUUUGGUUGACUUCGCUGUUGUCAUUGAUAACUGCAAUUACCUUGGCACCACUUUCUUCCAGCAUUGUCAGCACAUCAACUACAACAGAAUACAGGAAAUCUGCAUUUAUGGAACAGGUUUGGUCAGGAACCUCUUUGACGUAAAACAGCAUUUCACAACCAUUGCAAGCAAAGUAGUCGCUGCUCUCUGCUCUCCCUCCACAUCCUCAGCAUAUCAAAAAAAUAUUCCCCUCGAAUAUACAAUCUGUGCCAUGACAUAGACCUCAUCAAUGAUGACAAGGCAGGCUCUACUCCAUUCUUCCUGUCAAAAAAUGUCUUAACCGUUUCGCACUUACAGCGCCCGUAUGUGCCCGCGCCGGUGACCGCCGCUCAUCCCUAUAGCGCCCGAAUGCGCCCGCCACGGGGGUGUUUGUUUCGUUGCCGCUGGAGGCUUCUACUUUUACUAUCAUCAGAAGUUUAACUUAGCUAUCUUUAUAGAGGAAGAGUUCCGGUUUACUGUGGUGUUUUUCUUGUUUCGCUAGCACAAAGAGUCACUUUUUGAGCGGGAACAAAAGUCGGAGGAGAUUUUAGUUGUAAACACGCCAUCAUGUCUCUAGGAUGCAUGGGCGCAAAGCCGCCCGAUAUGAGUACCGCAAAAACAAAAUAAAAACACCCAAAGAAAAGUCUUUUAGGUGCUUUCAAGUUUCCACCAGAGGCUUCAAUCUCUGUGAAUGUGUUGUAUUUCUUUUGUGUGGAUUACCUCUUUGUCAGUGGCAAAAACUUCGUGAGUUGAAGAAAUGUAUACGAGAUAAUCUAGAUCUAGAUCUAGGCUCGGAAUCCAAGACACGCAUCUCAGAAAGACCUCUCAUAUCAUUUCAUACUCUCCUAUUCCACUUAUAAUUUUGUAUUAGUAAUUUAGCUCAUUCAUUUUCCUUUCAGAAAAUACUAUUUUCAUAAUUUUUGGUUGUGUUUGUGAUUUUAUACAAUUUUUUUAGUAAGGUACCCCUUCAAUUUUCGUGGAGUUGUUGCCCUUGUCUUAAGGAUGGGGGGCCACAGCUGGCCAAGCCUGCUAAGUGCGAAAGGGUUAAA